UUGUGUCACUGUUGUCACACCUACCUUUACUUAAUUACUUUGCAACAUGCUUUCCAAGUUGGUUGUUCUUUUAUUUGUUCUCCUCUUCUUUCUUGAACAAGCUAAAUAUGCUGAAGGGGCCUCUGAGAGAGAUGACGUGAUCAAGGGAUUACUAGACAAAGUUGCUAAAUCACAAAUCAAAGAAACUGUACCUUAUGACUUUCCAUUUAAUUUUUACAAGCAAAAAGGUGUCUUCCCUUCUAACAUCCGUCUUAACUUUGUAGGAUCUCCAGAAGAUACCCUUAUACGCAGGGAGUUUAAGAUAUUUGACAACAACGCAUUUGUUACAUUAUGGGUCAGUUCAAUAUUACUAGAGACAGUGAGAUUCAAUAAAGCUGCUCAACCAUCAGAUGAACAAAUGCUCAAUGCUAUACAAGCAGUUUAUACGUAUCAUGACAAAAACUUUCUCGAUCACAAUGAAACCAGACUUGUAUUUUGGCCACAGACAUACAAUGAAACAGCAGGAACGUGGUCCUGUGCUCCGCUAAAUUUAGACAAGACUGUAGCAAUGGGGGAGGAGUUUUUUGUUUUGGCAGAAAAGAUGUUUAAGGAUUUGGAUCUGAAAAAAUUUGCAAGUAAAAUAGCAGAAUUUAUUCAAAGCAUAGUAGAUAGUGUUGCUGCUUUUUACAUACCUGCUGAUUUUGAUGACACUUUUGUCAAUAUUGGUUUGGGUUCCCUCUUGAAAAACUAUCAGUCUGUUUCUCGGCAACCUUACCUCUCAUGGUUGAGUAACAACACUAACAAUGUUCAGUCUGCAGUAAAAGCAUUGAAGGAGUAUUCUUAUAAACCAUUCAGUAGCAGCUCUGGAAAUAGUUAUAUUGACCCAAGGACUUACUUUUAUCUUAGAAAGUUUCUUCAAAAAUCACAUGGAACCGGACAGCUUUUUUUAGUGACCACUUGGGUUGAAAGUCUUAAUGAGUCUCGGGCUAAAUAUUACAAGAAAUAUCGAAUGCCAUUUAACAUUAAUAAUGUUGAUCUGACUGUAUCUGCUAAUGUAUUGUAUGGACUAACUGCAGCAGUACUGUCUGAUAUGCAAGAUCCUAAUAGCUGGUUUGAUGAGGAGGUUCAGAUGAUUUAUCUCAACACAACUUCUCUUGUAAUGUAUGAAAUAUCAAACAACUUCUCAUCAAGGCCUGACUUAGCACUGACCUACUAUCCAUCAGUCUUUAACUUCUACUGGUUUACAUCUCGUAUACUAAACCUGCUAAACUUGUGUGACCAGUUACCAUAUCCUGUUAUGCAGACUGUAAGAGAGAUUAUGCGUUCAAUAAUGUAUGGAGUAGGCACUGAAUUUAUUUUAAAACAAGCAACUAUGCAAGAUAAUUACAUAUUUUUUGAUGAUUUUUUAGGUGUAAAUGACACUGAUGAAUUUGGUAAGCCAGUUAAUCAUGGAGAUGAUCGCAUUAGCUCAACAUCAAUGGCCAUUAAUGCAUUGUUUUAUAUUUGGAGUAAUGCCAGCAGUGGACAGCUUAGUCCUAAUGUUCCUGAUAAUGUACAGGAUACAUUAGUAAGAGCUUGUGACUGGCUGACUGAUGAAGCACUUAGUGACAAGCUAGAACACAUGAGUGUGUUUUUCUCUGGGUCUGUCAAGACUGGUGAUGAUUUGCCUCCAUUGUUUCCAGCCAACUUCAUUCAGAGAGUCAAUGGCUCAGCAAUAUUACACAAAAAUUCAACAAAUUUUGAUGAUGUUAUAACUGCUGUGACUGGUCUUAUCCCUGAAGAUAAAUAUCAAGAGCUUCUUAAUGAACCUUUUUUUGGCUACAAGAUAUCUUAUGACUUUCACGGCUACAAUUCUGAAGGAGAUUAUUUUCCUUUUUGGUCUUCUGAUACUUUUACAUAUGCUGCAUGCAUCUGCUUUAGCACUGUCUCAGUGUAAAGUUAACAAUAUUUAAACAAGACACUGACUGAGUUCAUCUACUUGCUAUUUUGACAUUGUUUGUUAAUAUUACACAUGAAACUGA